AUGGCUCCCACCCGUGACCCGGUGCUCGCAAAGGGCCGCAGUCGCUUCAGCAGACUCAGGCGGCCCUCAGUCUCCAUCCCAGACAGCACUCCUCUUGACAGCCUCGACCUUUCUAACGCCAACGUCUCCGAGAUCUCACUUGCUCCCAUGGAUCGCUCGGUCGACAGCGGAUCCGACUUGAGCGUCAGCUCAUCCGGAAACUGGCGGAACAAGAACGGCGCCGCAAGGCCUCCCUUGAAGUUCAAGCCCCCCAUGCUUCGCACCCGUCCUUCUCGUCCAGAGCUCCGCCCAGAAAUCAGCCGACCAUGGAGGCGUUCCACCGAGAACUUGUACACGACAGCUGAUGAGACCAAUGAUUCGGAUGCCGAGUCAAAGUACAGCUUCGAUUCUCGCUCGUCCCUCACAACCGCGACGAGCGUUGAGGACUUUGACUCUUAUCCCUCCAAAUCCGACUCAUACAGCUCAGCCGUGCGUACUCGGCCGUUCACCACCGAGAAGCAGGUUGCCAGGACUAACACAGUUCCACCCGCCCCGGCCAAGCCCGCCAAUCUCAAGGGCACACGCGUUGACGUCGUCGCCCCCAAGAGACAAACCAUCCACAUCGAGGUGGCCCCAGUAGCCCCUGCCCCUCCUGUGGUCCAGCACAUUACCUCACAUGACCUCAUUGAACGUGAGAAGGCUCAGGAUUUGCUCAACAAGGAGAUUGAGCGCAUGAAGGAGGAGGCCCUCAGCCUCGUCAGCAAGCAGUCCGACACAGAUAGAAGACUCGGAGAUGCCCUUGACCGACUUUCAGUACUCUCAGCCGAUAAGGAGAAGACUGAGAAGCGACGACGUGAAGAGAAGAGCCUCAAGGACAAGAUCGCCCGCGAAUUUGAUGUACAGAGCCGCCUCCUCGAUGACGUAAGGAGCUCUCUCAGUGAGCACGAGAAGAAGCUGGAGGAUGCCGAGCGUGAACGAGACCAGCUCAAGGGGAUCAAAGAACAACUCGAAGUCAACGCCGUCAAGCUUGAGUUGGAAAUCGCCCAAGAGAGGGGCGCAAAGACAGAUGUCGCGACCAAGAACGCCGUCCUCGAGAAGGACCUUAUCGAGCAGGAGAAGCUCACCAAACGAUUCGAGGCCCAAUGUCAUGACCUGGAGAGAAGCGUCGGUGAUAAUCACUUCGUCACCAAAGAGACUGAGCGCGCUCUCAUCAAGAGAAUCGCUGCGCUCGAGCUGACCAAGAACACCCUAGAGCUCCGCGUCACCGGACUUGAGACGGAGCUUGUCCGCAAGGGGACUGAGAUUGGCGAUCUCACUGCCGAGCGAGAUCUACUGCACAUGGAUGUCGACAAGUACAAGCCGCAAGUUGAUGAGCUCAACAGGGAGAAUGGCGCCCUGACAGAGGCCAACAAGAACCUCCAGGCACGCAUCGACGACCUCGACCAACAGAAGCAGGGUCUCGAGGCAAACAUGAAGAAACUGGAGACUGAGAAGAAGGACGCCCUGGCUAGCUUCGAUGCCCUUGAAGCCGAGAAGAAGGGCCUCAAAGCCGACAUUGAGAAGCUGAGCACCGAGAAGAACGAUAUCCAGACCCGCUUCGGCACGCUGGAAGUGGAGAAGCAGGAGGUCGAGGUCCGUCUCACCCAGCUCGAGACCACCAACACCGACAUCCAGACCCGCUUCGAGAGCCUCGAGGCCACCAAGGGCGAGCUUGAACUCAGCAAGGGUGAGCUCGAGACUCAAGUCAAGGACCUCGAGGGCUUCAAGACCAAGUACGACAAGCUCAAGAGCCGGAUCGAAGGGCUCAAGGGUAAGAACACGACACUCCAAGGCAAGGUCAGCGAGCUUCUCAAGGACCAAGACGACAAGGUAUCUCAGAUCUCGAGUCUCGCAGAGGAACGCGACAUCCUUCGCUCGGAGAACGAAUCGCUCAAGGACGAGAACGAGUCUGUCACGAGCGAGCUCCGACGUACCGAGUCACUCAUGGGGUCUAUCGCCGGUUCUCUCCCCGGCUCAGUCGCGGCAUCGGUCGUCGGCUCUGUGGCUCCGUCCGUCAUCAGCUCCGCAGAUGAAAGUGAUACGGACACUGUCAAGGGCGAGGACGACGAAGCCCCGCCGGCGCCCGAAGAUGCUCCCCCUCCGGUACCUGAGGAGGCACCCCCUUCGGUUCCAGUGAUUGAAGUCGUUGAAGAGGCCGAGGUCGUUGAAGAGACACCGGCACCCGAGGAAGUCAAGGACGACGCCGCCAGCGUCACAUCGGCAGCGCCCUCCGAGCUCUCCAAGGCCGCACCCGAGCCCGAACCCGCCGCGGCUCCCGAGCCCGAGGCAGCGCCCGUCAAAGACGACAUCGUCAUAGAGAAGGCCGAGUCCGUGUCCGCUGAAUCCAUCGCGCCCUCCGAGCCCGCCGUCAUGGAAGAGCUCCGCCAGCGUAUCGCCGAGCUCACGGAUCGUAACGAUCAGCUCCAAUCCGAGACAGUCAAGCUGGGUUCCCUCACCGCCGAGAGAGACGACCUCGUCACCCGCGUAGCAACCCUGGAGCCGGAAGCCGGCCAGGCGCCUCAGCUGCGCCAGGAAAACGCAACCUUGACGUCGCAGCUGUCUCUCGUCAACGCCCAGCUCGAUGGCAUGCGUGCUUCCUACGACGCGUCGGUCGCCGAGGUCAACAGCCUGAAGGACCAGAUCGGCCAGCUGCGAGGCCGUCUUUCUACGCCUUCGGUGCAGUCGCGCUCCCGGGAGUCGUCUCACGCGAGGGCACCGACGAAGACGAAGAAGGAUAAUGAUAAGAAGAAGGAGCAGUUGGUGGUCGUGCGGAACCCCAACGAGCGAGGCGGAAUCCAAAUCGUACGACGAUGCGAUCUACGGGGUAUGAAGCGGUCCUCAUCUCAGCACUCUCACUCCGAGGGCGACAAGAGCGACUAA